AGUCACUAUUAUUAGCAUCGGAAGUGUGUCCUGCUCUUUUGGGACCGUGUGACUAACGCAUCAAGCAUGAUAAAUGGAUAAGUACUUCUUGUUAAAUUGAUCAGUGUUGUUGGCAAAGCGAAGAACAAGCGCGACCACUGCAUCUACACCAACUUCUACAACAAGAACCUCCUUAGUCUAAUCAAUUAGUCUUUUUGAUAGCCAAUGUAAGUAGAAAGAGCUUAAUUUACUUCUCAGGAGCUAGUUCUAAACUCUUAGCCUUAUUUUACUAGUCAAUGUCAAAUUAUAUUACUAAGAAAGGACGAAAAUAAGAGUACUAGAAGCAGACGAGGAUCACAAUGGCGCCUAGUGCUUUGCAGAAGCGGCUCUUGCAGGGUCAGGGGAGCAAGGGGAACAAGAAGGCCAGAACCGCCAGUAUAGGUGAAGAUCUGCUAUCUUCAUCGUCAGACGAUGCGCAUGCUGUUACGGCUUUCCCUAAUCCAUCUUCGGAUGCAUCCAUCCUGGAGGACGGGCUUUACUUCAGAGGGGACGAAAGUGCUCCAGGAUGCAUGUGCUACAAUCUUAAGAUGGAAGUUACUGUUUCGCGAUCGCGCGAUUUGACUCUAAUGCUGCGGGAGCUGGUGGCUCAGGUGUGUCCGGCGCAAGCGGAAUCUCAAUAUUAGGAGGUCCAAAGAUAACUAUAGGGCCACUUAGGGAGCAAUUUUCUCACUUCAGAAAACGAAGCGAAGAGAGGAGAAGGAAACUUGCCUGGGGUCCAGCACACCCUAAAAUAAACACUUGUAUACAACUUAUGGUCAGCUUUUAUCCAUCUUUCUAAGCAUCUUGCUACCCUUUUCUCUUGUCUUUCACGGGAAAGGGGUCCAGAUGGGGGACCGAGAUGAAUAGACACUGAAGCUAAUAUACGCACUGCUCCAACUCCAGUUGUACAACAAAAAGCUACUCCUUCAUCUUCUUCUGUUGUAGUACAACAAAAAGUUACUUCUUCUUCAUGUUCCUCUUCUAGUACAAUAGUACCCGCCCCACCAGCACCACCAGAGGACAAGAAGCUUCAAUGUGGCGGAGAAGGCGAGGAGGAAGGACAGGAAAUCUUCGAGGAGGAUCGAGAUGAACCCAGUAGUCCCGAGGUGACCGCAGGCCUCGAUUCGGAUCAUGGUAUACUUUUUUUUUUUUGGGAGAUCUCAUUUCCGUACUUACUCGCUCACUGCCCUCCUUGUCUAAGUCCUUUCAGUCCGUUCGCCUUGCAUCUUCUUGAAUACUACUACUACAUCUCAUACUAAUCUUUCUGUUCCUUUUUGAUUUUUCAGCACUGAAACCCAAAAGAGUAGCAGCACUUCUUCGGUUCUUCACCACAGGAUUUUUUUUUUUGACAGCACAACUUCUCUGAUUGAUUUGAUUCGCGCACUGACUACCACAGAGCUAUCACAAGCCGAGCAUGAGGCUGAUGUGCGAGCGUUCGCGAAGAGAAACCGGCUCGAGGAUGACACGACGAGUAUGCUCCUCCGACUACCUCCGGAGGAGUAUUUGGAUCUCAUCCUACUCAAGUGUUUAUGAUGUGGUUAUCGACGUUACUGUUUCUGUUGAGUACAACAUCAAGUACAAAUGAACUGACGCCACUAAAGUAUAAUUGGUCGUAUAAUUUAUAUAUAAGUAUGAUUGCGUUAUUAACCUCAACGUUGUCUCUAUCUCUUGACAACGUUGAGGUUAAUAACGCAAUCAUACGCUGGCUUGUUGCAUGUGCCCUACAGACCUGGCAAAGGCAGGGCCCCGCUGCCUUGUUGCGUGUCCCCUACAGGCCUGGCAAGGCUGGCGCCCUCUGGCGUGUUGCGGUACCCGCCAGAGGAGGCAAGGCGGGACCCACCCCCUUGGCGUGCUGCAUGUGGCCAACCAUACAGACCGCGCGAAGGUGGCCAGGCUGGACCCCUCUGGCGUGGUCCACCCCAGAUCCAUCCACAGGGGGGGGGGGCCUCCCUCCCUGGUACAUAUAUAAGUAUGAUUGCGUUAUUAACCUCAACGUUGUCUCUAUCUGUUGACAACGUUGAGGUUAAUAACGCAAUCAUACGACGGCGGGGAAAAAGUUGCCGAGAAGAACGAAACUGAAAAAAGUCAAAACAGUUGUCGGUCACAGAGUGGAGUGGCAAGAUCCAUAGCGGACAUCGGUCUUUACUCAAUGGCACGACUUUACUCAAGUCACCGCCUCGGUUCUUUACGCUGACCUUACCUAGGUCACCCAACAUCCUCGGAGGCGAGCAGGUGCCUGUGAGGCUCGCUGUGAAGGAUUCACAACCUAACCUAACCUAACCUAUGAUUGCGUUAUUAACCUCAACGUUGUCUCUAUCUGUUGACAACGUUGAGGUUAAUAACGCAAUCAUACUUAACGUAGUUCUAGUUGUGUGGUAAACCUCAACUCAACGUAGUUCUAGUUGUCUCAUCUAAUGUCAAACAAAAAGGGCGAAGAUGCGGCCACAUUACGAAAAGCUGGCAAGUUGACGGUCAAAGAAAAUAUCUACUUCACCACUGAGGUAGUAAUAGCAGCUGAGGGUGACCCCGAAAAGAGAAGUGGAGCUAAAAGUAGUUGUAAAAACGAACAAGAGGAGAUAGCAGCAGCAGCAGCAGGAGCGCCGGCGUCUAUUAAGGCAGCCCACAAUAAAUCCUCAGCAUCAUCCUUGGGGGCCCUUUUCAAGAAGAAAAUGCGUCCAAGGAUGGCCUCAGGGAUGCGACGGUCGUGUAGCUCUAAGUCUAGUAGUAGUGGUAUCAUCUCGACGUCGCCGUCAGCGGAACAAGAGCCAGAAGCAAUAAUAGGUCCACAACUGCCACCACAUAUCAUAUCGGCAGGAAGAGGGCCAGGAUUCAGGAAUGCCACAGAUUCCAUUAAGGCUAUCAAGGGAAAGCCAUCGCCACUAGUGGAAGCUGAUGGUGGCUCUUUGCAUGGCGUGAGGUUCAGGCCGAAGCCAGUAGAUGAAGAAACCCGGAAACGUCUCCGGGACCCCACGCUUUUUGAUCCCACGACAUACUUCUCCUUCGUUAUGUUGAAAGUGAUGAAAACAUAAUUAUUAUAUUUAUAGGAUCCUAUUUAGCAUGGCCAUUACUAAUAAUUCUGUACGGCUAUAUAUCUUUUACCUACUAUCCUUCCUUUUUCUUUUCCUAGUUAGCUUGGCUCCACCAGUAUUAUAGGAGUCGCAGAAGUAAUUGAAGUCUUUAUAUUUAUGUAUGAAUAAUUAAAACACCUCGAGCUCGACCUCCUACUUCAAGUCCUCCGAGAGAGGAACUAAAAGAGACUAACCCAGUCUCUAGCGAGAACUAAAAGGUCGAAAAGAACUACAAUAUAUUUAUAAACUGUAAAAACAAAAAGUUAUUUUUCCAUGAUCAUGAUGAUCUCUAAUUUGCAUGGAAACUGGUCAGGAUUCUAUACAAGGAGCCGUCUCAGAGAUGUAUCUGACACGAAUGAAGUGAGACGAAAGCCGCCGACCAAGGAAGAGCUAGAAACAAAAAAAAACGCCUUGGAGAGCUUCAAAAGUCAUAAGCAGUUAUGUUGGCAGGAGGAUGAACAUCCCUCAGACCAUAUAGUCCUAACGCAAAAAAAAAAAAAAAACGUAGACCGAGGUCUGGGGCGAGAGACGGGGAUACCCUGAGCUUGAACUUGACAUGAACACUUUUUUAAGGGUAGGUUAAAGGUGCUUUUCUUACCGCUUUUUAUGCCUCUCCUAAGGGAGAAAGGCAUAAAAAGCGGGGUAAGCAAGCACCAAAAACCUACCUCUAACUUUUCGAAGAUUUUUCAACAGGAUCUUCCGGUUUCUUUUUCCCUCAUAGCCUAGGUGUAUUUUCUAGAGCUAGACAUGUAAAUGUAUGAUUUGUACACUCAAUCAAUCAAUCAAUCAAUCAAUCAAUCAAUCACUGUAGCUGUACUAAGUACAUCUUCUACUGUCCUGCUCUAUAUCUCCUCUAAUACAGAUCACCUCCUGUCUACAUCUAGUAGUACAACACCCGAGUGCUAGUGCUUCUCCUCAAAUAAGAAUUCAAUUGGUCGCCGUUAAUAACGUACUACUUUCACAUUUUGCUUUCAUCCUGCAUUAUAUUUAGGGCCUCAUGUACUAAUUGACCACUACCUUAUAGAACUCUUUCCUAUAUGCGUUUUGCUUUCAUCCUGACGGCAGACCAGGGUCGCAAAACGGGAUAGAGUUUUGUGGACGGCCCACUCAGAGCAGAUGCGGGCAAACCGGAAGCGACUAGGCCUGCACGGUAAGCUCCCUGCAAUUGAAUCAAGCGAUGAUGAAGAAAAAUAGCACUAGACUCUUUCUCUUAGCAGGAUGAUAAAGGUGAUAACGGGACGAGGUCGACGCGCAAUGUGGAUGGUGGAGUUGGAGAUGUUUUGGUUAUAACUAAUUAAAGUAUCAACAUUUAGCAAGGCCAAGGCUAAGGCGAGUAUCCUACUUAUCCAGACUAUCCCAGUUUGUUGUCGUCCUGGCAUGAUCCGGUGGAUAUCGCAACAUGUAGAGAGUAGCUGAGAAUGGCUAGCAGAGAUGCAUCAUGAUGAUUAUAUCAAAAAAAAUGAACCUCGUCCUGAAAUUAUCAAUUGAUGUAAAUGCAUUCAUACCUUCAAGAAGAUGCAAAAAUAUUUUGCCGCGACUCUUAGUUUCACUUUUUCAACCGAAGAUCUUCACACACUUUUUUUUAUACUUGUUCUUCCGCAUCCUUUUGGUAAGAAGUAGAAGGUUUUUCUGGAGGUUAUCGUCAUGCAGAUGAGCCAACAACUUACUCUCUUCUCGACUGUUGAAGAGAACGAGAAGUACUACCUAGAUGAAGUCGUGUUCUUCUACUUUCACCACUGAUUCUUACUUUCGCUUGACCUUCGUUCUUGG